AUGUCUCUCAAAAUAAUAUUUCUGAUAGGUAUAGCAUUACAUUACCAAAUAAAACCUAACCUCACAAAGGAGUAUAACUGUGUUGACAACUACUUCAUAAUCUAUAAAUUAAUUGAGACUACUAUUUAUUAAUAAAGUAUUUAAUUUAGAUAAAAUGGCCCGUGCACGAGAUGAAGAAUUAGUGAAGGCAUUCAGUGAGUUACAAGAAAAAGUAACAGAAACAGCCCAAAAAAUAAAGUUAGCCGACUUGCAAAUAGAAUCACUAAAAAGAUCCAAGCAACGUGCUGAAUUGACAAUUGCAGAAGUUGCUAAUUUACCAGCAAACACGAAAACAUACGAAUCUGUUGGUAGGAUGUUUCUACUCGACGACAUUGCCAGCAUCAAAUCGGGACUCCAGACUAGGAUAAAAACCGCUGAUGAAAAAGUAGCGACACUCGAGAACAAUAAAACUAAAUUAACACAAAAUUUGCAAGAGAGUAAAGACAGCAUCCGCGAAAUGGUCCAGCAGAAGCAAAAUAAAUAAUAUCAUUUAAAGACCAAUUUAAAUUAACCACUCACUUCUACAUGUCAUGUCUCCAUUCAUUCAUAAUUUGUCCAAUCAAAAUCUUUGAUACCACAAUUAAAAUUACAGCAAUCAGAA